UCUAUACAACCUUGUGUUUGACUGGUCAUGGACAUUGCAGUGCUCGCUGAUAGGCACUCCACUCUCGCUGCUCUGUGGUGUGUUACCGCUGCAAUGCUGAGAUGUGGAAUAUACAAUGAAUAGUAUAGAUGGCGAUCGAGGGACCGAUGCGUACAAAAAAGAUGAUGCCCGAAAAAUGGCGUGAAAUACAGCGUCUUGUGGAGAGGUUCAAAGAACGGUGGUUGGGGAAGGUGCCACCAGGGUUAAAUCUGGGCAUCUUGGGGGCCAAUUCCAUGAUGAUGGAUAACUCUGCCAGGAAAUGCAACAUUAAGCCCAUGUCUGUGAUAUCAGCGUGAAAUGUGGCAAACUCCAUCAUGUGUGAAGUACAGUUCAUCCACAUCAUCUCUGGUAGUGACAAUGGAAUGAAAAAAGUUUGUGGGUGUCCCACAGCCACAGUUUCAUCAAGUCCUCCCUGCUGCUCAGCUUCCAUACAUGCAGCCAGUGCCUGCGCUGCCACCCAAGUGGAAAUCCGCUCGUGAUAGCGAGGGCCGGGUGUACUACUAUCACAUUAAGACACGAGUGUCACAGUGGGAGCCUCCACAAUGGACGCAAGUGGACCAGCAGCCAGAGAGCGAGUCAUCCAGUGACACAAGUGAAGAGGAUGAGGACGAAGAGGAGGAGGAAGAGAGUUCAUCCACUGAAGAGGAGGAAGAAGGAGAACAGGAGGACAAGGUACA